AACAGCCCCAUCAUGAACCGUUUUCUGAUUGCUCUGGUCUGCACAGGUGCUCUGAUCGCCGCCGCCCCCCGGGCUUGCGAUCCCUUCGUGCUGGAUAAGUGCACUGCUAAAGUUCUGUUUUUCGCGCAAAACACCACCGCUACUGUGGAACCCAGCGAGGUGGCCUGGGCUUGCGAACAGGAGAAAAUCGCUAUCGAGUGUCUGAAGGAGCACAACAAGAACUGUGUGACCGGUCUGGCGCAGGGAGUAUCGAAAUUGGUUAUCGAAGGUGCUACCCAGGAAAGCGAUCUGAAGUGUGAGGUUGGCGGACCGAAAAACAAAGACUACUACAAAUACGUACCAUGCAUCAACAAGAACGGACGUAAAUUGAAUAAGUGUAUGAUGGACGCCACCAAAGCCACGGAAGCAGCCACGCAAGUGCCCGCCAAAGAGCGAGUCGCUCAAAUGUGCUGCGGUCUCCAUAAACUCGAGGCCUGCGUGGUCGCGGCGACGAGGGAGACGUGCGACAGCAAGCACGCCAACUACGUUAAGGGAGUGAUCGCUGGAGUCGCCGGCGAUCUGCUCGAAACCGUCUGCGCCAAGUUCGGACCGAACACAAAUUCCUGCAAGAACCUGUCCCCCAUGAAGAUCUCGAGGACCCAGAAGUACCUCACAAUCAUUCCCCCGGUCGUCGAAGUCCUCCAAUCUCUGAAAUGAGCUGCUCUAUGACGUAGAUACAAAUUGUACGGCGACGGAAGGAAAAGCUCCCGAACAGGGAGUUGUUCCACGAGAAUCUCAAACCGACUGUGGUCUGAACCCGCACCUUCAAGUAUGACUCGGCAGCGCUUAAUCGAAGAACACCUGGCGCUACCGCCCUGAAUAUAUUUAUCAGGUGGAACCGAAUUUCGCUGCCUUGAGAAUAGCAAGUGAGA